CACGGUUCCUCCGCUGGUGGCUGGCUGAAUCUGUUAGCGGUGCCAUGGCCUCUAAGCUGUCCCUCCUUUCGCCUUUGCGGAAAAAUGCGGUUCGAGCAUUUUCCGCACAGGUAGCGCCUAAGGCAAAACCAUCACGGCCUGAAGCUCUCCCUAAGCAGGAUAUCGUGACGACAAAACUCCCAAAUGGGCUGGUGGUGACCUCGCUAGAAAACUACUCUCCUGUGGCUCGUAUCGCCAUCGUUGUGAAAGGAGGCGCCCGUUACGAAGACUCUUCCAACCUGGGCAUCACUCACGCCCUGCGCAAUGCUGCAGGACUGACCACUGAAAACUCGACCACGUUUGGGAUUACCAAGAAUUUGGAGCACCUCGGAGCUAACCUCACUGCAAGCACCACCCGUGAUCAUUUGGUGUACGGGCUGGAGUGCAACCGAGAUGAUGCGGCAAAGGCGCUUAAGUAUGCGACGGAUGUGGUCUUCUUCCCCGCCUUCAAGCCCUGGGAAGUGAGCGACACGGCUAAUCACGUCAAGAUUGACUUGGCCAUCUUCAGACAGAAUCAGGAAGCAGUGCUGAUGGAGGCCCUUCACCAGGCUGCAUUCCGUGGUGGACUCGCAAACUCUCUCUUCCUUCAGGAUUUCCUCGUUGGGAAGCACAGUCACAAGAAGCUUGCGGAGUACGUGAAGACACACGUGACAGCUCCACGUGCAGUGGUCUCCUGCGUAGGGCUGGAGAAUGACCGGCUGGUACACGUGCUCAAGAACCUGAAACUCAGGGACGCACCAGGAGCUGAACUGACGCCGUCCAAGUUUGCUGCAGGAGAGGCACGUGUGGAGUACGGUUCCAACUACACCACCGUUGCCCUGGCGGUUGAAGGUGCCAGCGUGACAAACCAGAAGGAGUGGUUAGCCUCGGCCGUCCUCCAGCAGCUCUUGGGUUGUGGUCUGCCCACCAAGUACAGUCAGGGCGAAAGCACCAAGCUGGGUCAGGCUGCGGCCAAGGUGGCCACCCAACCCUUUGCAGUGCAUUGUCUCAACCUCAACUACAGCGACACUGGUCUCUUUGGUGUCACCAUUGCCGGACACCAUGACGAGAUGGACAAGCUGACAAAGGCUGUCCUGUCUCAAGUGGUCAGCGUCACUAAAAGCGUCAGCGACAAGGACGUUCAGCAAGCAAAGCACAAGUUGAAAUCUGCAUGGCUGCAGAGGCGCGAAGACCACACGAAGCUGGCAUUAGACUUUGCCCUGGAGACAUCUUACCUCGGAGAUCCCCUCUCGUCGGCAGAACUGGAGGGCGCUAUCGACUCGCUCACCACUCAGGACGUUGCUGUUGUGGCAGCCAAGGUUUCCAAAGGCAAGCCCGCAGUGGCCGCAGUGGGACGUCUACACAAGACCCUGCGCGUGGACGAGCUGGUGUAGACACACUCUCGCCUUUAGAGAAAUAUCUGUAGAGGAUGCUGUAAUUAAAAGAAUGUUCUUUGCGAGCA